AUGAGCGAACUGAGUCGAGAGCAGCUCAGUAAGAUCUUUUCAUCCAACGAUACGAACGAACUGCUCGCACUCAAGACUCAUUUCGAGAACUGUGAAGCUCCUGCGGUGGUCCGAAGAACAGCAAAGUACACCGGCCACCCACUGUACGCUCUUCUGACUGAUUACAUGCAAAAGUGCAUUAAAGAGGUGCAGGACCGCGAGAACCUACGUGUUUCUCGAAAGAAGCUCGAACGAUUGCAGGAUAAAGUUUGGCGGGAGACGUCGACCCGUUUCAGCGGGACGGCAACCUGUGCGGACGGAAAAAUCGUUACUGCGUCCACCGUCGAAAAAGUAGCAGAAUUGGAUCAAUCGGUUCUCGAGGGACAGAAUCGCGUAAGCCGAGAAAUUGAGGAGCGAAUGUACGACCUGAACAAGGCCCAACUGGCGGCCGCUGCUCGGGCUGCCGAGAUCGAGGACUAUAUUUGCGUUCAGUUGGCCGGUUAUGACGCUAGGAUAUGCAAGAAGCCAUACGACGCUUCGUCGGAGGAAGUUGACGAGUUGGUAAAGGGCCUUGACAGAAUGACGGUUAUGGCAAAGGCGGUCACUCCGUGCGAAGACGACAGUGAUAAUCACCAGGUGGAUUGGCUCGUGGUGGAUAGCGAUGGCGAAGAUUGUACCGGUUCGGGCGAGGUAGCACCUCUCAAGGAGGAUGAUAUGAUCGCCUUUCUUGAUCAGAUGCCAUUUGCGGACGUGUUCGAAACGCUCACCGCUAUCGGUAGCGCGGAAGCCAGCUGCGUUACGAUCUCACUACAUCAGAUGCUUCGCUCGAUCACCGUCGCUCUGGAGAUCGUUCGUGUCCUAGCGAUUGGUGUCCGUACGUACGGUAAUCAGCCGCGGUACGAUAGUUUCAUUCGUCGGCUCGGUCGUCUGAUUGCUCACACGGUUCACUACGUGGCCGACUUGUUCAGUCUGUACCCAGGCCGAAGUAAUCCGAUCGAUCCGGCGUGCCAAGAGUUCCAGCGCCUCUUGAGACGAGCGGUUUGCUCUUUGGCAGUUUUACGAGAGAACGCCGCCUGGCAGUAUGUGCUGUCCCUACCUUACCGGCUGCUGGCAUUCACCGACACCUGGUGGCUGUACAGUGGAGUGCUUGCCGAUGUCGAGGGCUGGAACGAACGGACUUUGCUUUCGGAGCUCGUGCCGAACGACGGUGAACGGCACAUUCAGAUGGACAAACUUUACCGUCGGCUGCUUGAACGAUCACCGAAGGACGUUUUCUACGUCUGCCAGCUGAUUGUUAGUUUGGUGGAUGCUCGAGAUAUUACCCGCGAAACGGGUAUUUUCUUCGUCGCUGUGAAAGACUUCUUUCAAAUUUUGCUCCGCCUCGAUCACGAAGAUCAGCCAGUGUUGCUCGAAUACGAGCUUAACCAGCUGAUGUUUCUUUUAAACAAACAUCCGCUGCUGUGCGAAGCCAUGGUGGAUGAGUUGCAAUGGAAUGGUCAGCUCUGGAUACCUUUGGCGGUUCAGUUAUACGUUUUAAACACCGUGAUCGCAGCGCACCGUCACUAUAUUCCUCUCGAUCCCAAUGCGACACCGGCAACUACGGCCAACAAGCCAUUGUUUGAAGCAUACGAUAAACUUUGCUGGGGCAUCGUUGGCAAACUGAAGGUACACCGUCUAGAUCAACCGCAAGAAUUCAUGGUACGCGUGAUACACGAACCGGAAUUGGCACUGGGUGAUGUUCCUGGGCUAGAGCAAGUGCCUGAGAUACGGGAAGGGGUGGAGGAGCGACGACCGCUUGCGAUCUAUGCUGCCUUACUUGCGACGACCGUCGGCCAUUGGGUGCCAGUGUUCUGCCAUACGGGAGUGAAGCUUCUCGCCGACCAUCUGUGCGACUACAGCCGGAAAUUGGCGAUACGAUGCCUGCAAUUGAUCGUUCCACUGUUUCUCGAUUGUCCAAUGAGCUUAAAAGAGAAUGGGUCAUUUGUAUCGCUGUUGGCUAAGGUUAUUGGUAAACCACCGAAGGAAGCUCGUUGGUGGUCAACUAGCAGCGACGGAGAGGAUGCCCUCACUGAAGAGGACGCUACGCUGCGCGUCUAUUGCUUAGCAUCUCGGAUGGUUUAUCUGCAGCUGAGCGAUCACAAAAUGUACGGUUUACCGACACCUGCUCCACUGGUUCAGCUGUGGGCGCAAGUUCUUACUGCGUUGCCGGAGUGGAAAAAGUGUCCAAAGGUACUCCGGAUGCUCGAUGUGGUGGCUGAUGUGGCGCACCACUACGAGCCCGCUUGGGAUUCGCUCAGGAAACAUCUACUUCCCCACUACUUGGAUUUGGUGGAAGUUAAGUCGCCAGCAGGAAAUAAAAAUCGACUUUUCAUGAGAAGCAAUGAUGAAGAGUCACUGUACAGCUUAAAGCCGGAUCUGCUCGCCCUGUCGAUGUUGAGCUUCGAUCUUGAAGCGGAACGUACCGAGCUGGAGCUGUGGCCUGGCUUCCUGCAAACCCUGGCUGCCGAUCCGGCUGUUUCUGUCGAUGAAGCGCUGAAGCGGGUCGUUGUGGGACAAUCUACAGACUGUGUGCUCUCCGGUGGGAAGCUAGUUCUGUACAAAGUUGCACGUCAAAUCAUAUCCUUCAACCACAAGCAUCCGCUGCAGGUUUAUCUGUGGUUGCGCUUCUUUCGUAUCUUCUACACAAUGAUUCCGGCCGCCGAUGGUGACCUGCCGAUCGUGCACGGGUCCACAGAUCGGUUGCUCGCGUACGAUAAGCAGCUUCAGGAUAAGUUGAAGGCAGCUGCACUAGAGCAUCGAGAUUACUACGCCAAACUGGCGCCAACUCCUGUCCUGCAGCGUAGCUGGGAUAGCGAGCAUGCCAAAGCAGCCCAAGCGCAGCUGUAUCAAUUCCUGGCAGGGGUGGUCUCCGGUAUUGAAACGAGCAUCGGUGUGUUGAUUAAGUUCGCAACGAAACAGUAUCGGCCGGCGUGGGACAACUUACGCAGCCUGCAACAACAGUACCGGGAGCUGCUCCCGAAACGGUUCCUCGUUGAGAAGCAGGUCAAACAUAAGCUGACCGAGUGCAGUAUGCUAACGAAGCGCUGCACUGGCCCCGUUACCGUGUCGAUCACAGUCAGCAAAACUGUCGAGCGGAAAGAAAUUGUCGAAAAGAUCUCGCAAAAUCGUUCCAAGUAUAAUGAGGCUUUGAAGAAUGCCAUCUACACACCGGACCCGGUUUUGUUGGCGCUGCACCAAGCGAAUGUACUGCUAACGCAGUUGGAUCGGUGGUUCAGUGAUUCGGGAGCGUUGGGAGUACACCUGUUACCAAAAGAUCACUCCGUAAAAGCACUAAUCGGCCGGUUCGUUCCCAUCAUGAUAGACCACAGCAAUUUACGCUGCCCGGUGACCGAGCAAGUUUUGGAAGCGUCCUUUUCGCUGUUUAUGGCACGCGUUCCGUCGCUAGUGUACGAUCCACUUCUUGCCAACUUGCAUAUGGCACUGAUUAGGUCAGACGUAACCAUUCUCGACUUUUUGCCACACGUCAAAGCCGCCCAAAUCCCCGGAAGUCACAUGUUGCAGCUGUACUCGCGGUUGUUAAAAUUGAACUAUGGACGGCAACUUGAAAAGCGUGCCUUUAUCACCGUUUUUGAUGAAAAGUUUGACCUGUUGCAGUGGCUAAAGCAUAAUAGUAUGAAACAAGACGAUCUCGAUGGCAUGAUCGUCGAGACAGUGAAAGCACUCUGCAGCACGGCCGAGAGCUCGCCGACGACCCCGUGCAAAGAUGUGCCAGAUCUUUCCCAAAAGUUCCAUGACACCUUGCAGCGUUAUCUUCUUACGCUGGUUGACGAUAAUUUCCCCGAGCAUUACGAGACAAUACUGAUGAAGCUGUUGAAUGGCUGUGAGCAACGACAGCUGAGUCCGGAUAUCCUGCUGGCCGUAAAUAAUACAGUGCGCGCCCAGUGGCGCGUGCCUCCGAUAACCACCGCCAUCAAUAGCUCGCCGGAAGUGCGUGCUCUUCUUUCACGCUUCACUGGGCGGCAGUACGAGGCCAGUGAUCGGUUCUACAUUUAUCAGAUGGUGGCGAGUGCAAUCAGAAGGUUGUCUCAAUACUUCGUUACCCAGCGGACGCAGAACUGUCUGCACGGGCUUUACCCUCAGUAUCGGGCGUACGUGAUGCCGCUGGCCCUGACGUUUGCCACACUCGGUCAGGCAUACAUCGAAACGUUCAUUCCAUCGCAGAUUUCCAGCAUGCGGGAAGCGGAAUUACACGUUAACACCGUGUGGGAUACUCUGAGCCAACUAUUUUCGGCGUGGCUCGAACCGUACGAAAAGACCAACUUUGCCAGCUGGAUUCAACAGGUCGGGCCAAGCUCGCCACAAGAACUGCUGCUCCAGUGGAGCGAUCUAUACGUUGCCGAAGCAUCCCAAAUGCUGGUUGCGUUCACGCACUGCGUCGAGUCAAUCAUCACAAAGCUCGACGACAGUGUACGGAUACAGGAUCGAUACGACAGUGCGUCCAGUGUCCUGGCCCUCGUGUUCGAUUGGUAUGAGCGAAAUUACGCUCAUCGUUCCGUAACGGACACGGUUCUGACACCAGCCAACGUUCAACUGGUGACGUUGCCGUGGGAAAGGUUUCACCCAGGAGAGUCUACCCUCGGAAACUUCAAUCGCAUCCUCGAUCGUUUCACACCGAUCGCACAUCAGUUUGCGGCCCAGGUCUUUAUCCGCUGCCGAUGGGAUCGGUUAACCGAUGAUCUACGCGUAGGUGACCUGCUUGGGGUUUGCGUAAAGCUUGCACACGAACCGACGGUCCAGGUAAAUGGCCGCUCCGCCAUGAUGGGGACACUCGAAGCUUUAUCUAAAAUGCGCUGGGUAGGGUUCGACCCGUCCGAGCUUAAAGUCACCCUUGAUUGGUUCGUGAUGUCAACCAACGAUUCCAUCAUCCUGCGAUUGACCUCAUCACCAUCGUCGAUCACGUCACUUGAUGAGGCGAUUCUGAACUUACUGUUGGUGGCUUCUGGGUUGCGUUUCAACGAACAAAACCCAACAACCGAACAAGGGAACGAGCAUCAGAUGCGCAAACGGGAAAUGUUUAUGCGUUGCGCCGUCCGUUUGCUGCUGACGUACGUCAAGCGGAACAAGAAGGCGCUAGUAGCGAAUCCCAACGGCUCCGAUCAGUUCACUAUGGCCGUCAAGGGGUUGGUGGAGCUUGCUGCACAUGUUGUGGUAACCAUUCGUCCCGAUCCCGUCGAGAACUCGGAUGGCAGGACAACAGUAACGCUACUCACCCAGUUGUUCGACGCAAUCAGAGUUUGUGCCGCUGAGCCGACAUUCGGUUACUUCACUCAAGCGGUACGUCACAUGCUGGAACAGGAUUCGCCCGGUUGUGAAAGACUCGUCGAAAGCGUAUUGCUUGGCUGCGCUCUGUACAGUAAUCGUGCGCCUUUCGAGAUUAUGUUGACUACAGAAGUGGCACUUUUUAAGCACUUUCGGCUAAACUAUCAACCCUGCGAUUACUGCUCCACCUCACUGGCUGGUAGCGAGUGUGGCGGUCAUCGCGAUUGUCGAUCACAAUUUGGACAAUGGUUGCCCAUUCUGGACCUUUUUAAUCCGGCCCGGUACGCCGGUUGGUUGAAAUCGCUUCAAGAGACUGAACGUUUUUCGGCGGUUCCACUGUUGCUGCAUGCCGUAGUGAUGAGUCGCUUCAUUACUGCCCCGAAUGACGCAGAGAGGCUUCAAACGUUGGCCCAGCUGCAAACUCAGCUUGCAAAAAUGAAUGUCAGCACUCAAUACGAAUCACGCUUAUAUCUCCUGUGGGGACUGAUGGCGUACGGCUUGAUGACUCUGCUUGCUACCCUUCCCGAAGCUGUGACACUGUUACAGGAGUUUGUACAAUAUCUGAGCUCGGUCAUCAGAGGCCCGUUCGGAACGGUGAACCGACUGGUACAGAGUGCCCUCAGUUUCUACAAAGGAACAUCCGCCAGCCCGACACGACGCACCGUAGCGCAGUUCCUAAUCGUCUGCCUUGACUUCUGCCGGCAAGGCUACUACCCAACAGGCCGCAGUGCCAGUGAAUCGCAAUCUGAUGCUGUUGGUGAUGAUUUCGACAUGCUUUCAGAUGAAGUAAGCGAUGGAAUAGGAGAUGAUAAGUCUCCGAAGGUAAGGACAGUAACUUUCCUGCGUACUAAUAUAAUGGAAAUGCUGAACGAUGCUGGUGGUGUGCCGUCGAAUCAGAAGGAUCCCACCAAAGCUGCCUGGGGUCAGCAUUUGGAGAGCAUCCGGUCGCAGAUAGAAGGUAGCACCGUUUUCGCUCAAGUUGUCGAACAAUCGGUAGCUCCCCUUUGUGUCGAGAUCCUUUCUGUACUGGGCGGUCAGGACACCGACAUUCUGAUGCACACGGCAUUGGACGGUUGGAAAAAGCGAGGCUUCCCGUAAACAUUUUUCUAUCAACUGCGAUCAUCGUGUAUACCUGUUGGCCUGGCCAACGUUAAAUGAUUCUUAUUCACAGUACAUUGUAAGAAACAAAUCUUUUUCGAUGCAGUCGAUUCGAAAUGUGAGAUUAUCGUGUCAUUUUUUCUACAUUAUUCACACACGCCUUAUUAUUGAACCAUUGCUUGGCGAUGAAAACAAGAUGGGGAACGUUACCUAGCAACGAUCAAAAUUAUUUUAUUCCAAAAUGCGAGAGGAACAAAACGAUUGACCAAAUCAAGUGAAACGAUCGUGUUAUUAGGCUUAGAAGCUACUUUGUUGCUAUAUUGCACAGAGCUGUUUUCAGCUAAAACGCACUUAUUUCUCGAAUAUUAAAUAAAGCUAAAAA